AUGGAGUGCAACAUUUUAGACGAAGACACAUUUAACAUCAGGAAGCCAAAUGGCAUAAGCAAAGAAAAAAUGAUCGAGAAAAAUUAUUCAGAGGAUGACAAAAAUACUUCAUGUUAUGUUAGUUACUCUUCCCCAAGUGAAGAGGACUACUUAGACAUGCAGUAUGAACAUGUUCAUGAAGAACCGAAUGAGUAUCAAAAUGUCAACUCGAAGAGUAUGCACAAUAAUUCCUACGAGAGAGGAGGAAAAUACAGCAGCAACGACAGUUCCCUUUUUUCUCCUUGGAAGCAAGAUGCUUAUGACCAAGGAAAGGAAAGUUCAGUCGUGCAGGGCACUGGCAAUACCAGUGUAGGGGACGUAAAGAAGAAACCAAACGGUUUCACAAAAUCACACAGUGAAAAAAACACCCAGACUGCAGAUAGCAAAAUAAAAUACGAUGAUGAACAUAUGGUUACCAAUCGCAUGAACAAGAAGAGAGGGACACCCUCACAUUAUAGCAUAAGUGAUGGCAGCGAACUCCUACAGGCGGGCACCAUCCAGGACAACUGGAAGUUUGUGGAUAGACAGCCAUUGCCUGCAGGAGGGUAUGCGUUCUAUCGCGCGUCCUCGAAGAGUGAUGACUCUGAUGGGCGCAGCGAUGAGCAGUGCAUCGAGCACGGUGGUGAUGACUACGACAUUUACGACGACCUUUGCGGAGACUUCCACGAGGAUCUGCGCGACGAUUUUCAUGACGAUCUCCACGAAGAUCUACGCGAGAAUAGGCACAUGCACAGGCGGCAGGGGAACCAUAACGAACGAACCGCGAGGAACGCCAACCCAGCCCGAGUAAUCAACGAAGAAGUACACUCCCCGGGUGAUGCCCAUGUUGGACGCUCCCCCGCCACUGUGAUCAACCUUAGUAAAACAAACUUUAAGUACCCCCUCCCCGCUGAUAGCACUAACGUAAAAACAAGGAAUGACCAAAAUGAUUACAUGAACGUAUUAAGUGCCCACGCAUACAACACCUGCCAAAGCUCAGACAAUGAAAAUUCUAAUGAUUAUAAAAAUAUUGAUGAUGAUAACUGCAGUAGUGGUGACUGCGAAUAUUACGGAGAGGCGAUUUCUUCGCUGAGUGUCAAUCGGGAGGAUGGGCUGGAGAGUAACUACACGUUUGAUGAGUCUGUAAUAAAUGUUGAUUCAGAAUUCAUAUGUGAUGGUGACAGGGAGGAGGACGCAGCUCUCUUUGUUCAUAACAACUUCAGUUGUGACGAAGGCGAAUUGGUUGAUGACCUAGAGGGGACCAAUUCAAGUGCACAUAGGUCUCGUUAUAGUGUGAACGCCGUCCCCACCGCUGCUACCUCAGCUACCGCAGCAGGCAUCGACCAUAAUGCUAAUGUGAAGGGCGUUUCGGGUGCAGCUCGUACCAAACGCUUGAGUAAAGGUAAAGACACUGAAGGAGAGACUCAUCAACACAGUGGGCAAGGUGGUGAAAGAGACGAAAGUUCUACCAGCUCGUGUUCCCCGCCACCUUAUGCCAAUGUACGUGAACGCAACAACGCAUGUACCACUGACAACCAAAGCUAUAGUAAAGAAGGGGUAAGAGUACAUUUCUGCCAGGAUACCAAAAUGGAGAUGAUGCAUAAGAAGGCAGGAGUAGUUACCACGUGCAACUUACCAGGAAUAGCAACUUACCACGGUGAAUACUGCAACAGUGCGUGCUCAUCCAGAAGCAGUCUGAGCCAAGUUGUAGAAUCGGGUCAACCUAACGAGUCGAUUCAUUCAUUUCACUCCGUUUGCAUAGAAGAACAGGAGGCCAUAAUGGAGUGUUCUCCAAAGGAUGUACCCAUAGGAGAAAAUGAAGCCGAUUCCCCGGAAAGAAUCAUCCCCCAAAGGGAAACAGAAAAUGCACAGGAAAAAAAACAAAAAUGUGAUGAAAAUGUAGAAGUGAAUAAUGGCAGCAUUUCAAAUUCAAUUAGAAGCAACGUUGAAGAGACCCACAGGAAGAAUGAGAAAAACGUAUUAAGUGAUGGUAACUUGCUAAAGCUAAUUUUGCAUUGCUCAAAAAAAAAGAACCCUAAGGCAGUCGGAAUGGAAGAUAAAAUAAUUGAAAAUUUUAUUAACACACAGAAAAAGGCCUUUGGUUUUUAUUUACAAAAGAAUCUCACUAAUGUUUGUGCAAAGUGCAAAGUCGAGAUGCAGUUAUCAGGUUCUGUCUUCCUUUGCUUCGAAUGCAUAAUCAAACAAAUGGACGGCAGGAGAGAAAAGAAGAAGACCCUGUGGGAGCCUCCAAAUGUUGGCAAUAGUGAGCUAAAAAAAAUCAAUUCCUGCAUUUCUAAUUUUCUCAACGAAGUGGAUCAAGUAGAAAAAGAAUUUGAGCUCACUGAUGAGAACAUGGUGCACAUGUUUCGCGAAAUUAGGAAAUGUAAUUUGUGCAAGUCGGAGAAAAACAUGUGCGCCGUUUUCCGCAGCCUUUUUAAGGCCCCUGGGAUAGAUGGCAAAAGUGGUGACGACGCCAUUUGUGCAGCUGAGCUUGACCUGCUCGAGGAAGACCUGUUCAGAAAAAUAUUCAAAAACAAUUUUGAGAAAUUUAUCAGCCUGCAUAAAAUUGCAAAAGCGAUAAGCCAAAAGAACGCAAAUUAUGACAAGGACAUUUCUGAGGAUAGUGAACCAAAAACGGAAGUGCAAAGAUUUUGCGCCUUCGUGAAGAAAACGAAAAAGGAGAAAAAGUCCAACGAGGGAAGGAAGCAAAAGCCCCACUUUAUCCGUUACAGAGAGAAGGAACCAAACGGAGUGCGCGACACAAAAUGGGACAAAGUGGUCAAGUCUAUGUUCAAAUUGGGGCACCUCCGUGACCCUGUGCGAAGCGUUCGUGCUUUCCAUUACCAUUGCCUCAGAGCGGGGACCACCGGCAGUGAAGGCAAGAUUGUGUGUCUGAAGGCGACCCUAGGGAGGCCUAUUGCCGUUCGCGCAGUUCGCACUGUUCGAAGCGUGGUGCGAACAGGGAAGGGCAGCCCGAGAGGCGUAGCGAGAGGAAUGCACAAAAACGGAGUAAAAGAUGGCCCAAUGGGCAACUGCAGAAACAAAAGGAAGAUGGAUGCUCAGGAAGUAUCACCAACAGAGGAAGAGCAAAUUCGCAUCAGCGAUGUGAGCAAAGCGCUCUACGACGACUAUCCCCUUGCAGGAAAGGCUCCCCAGCCCCGACAAACGGCCAACGGAGAACCAAAUGGGAAUGGAAACAAUGACAAUGAGAGCAAUCAGGGAGAAGGAGAAGGAAGACGAUUUAACAAAAAUGACAAGAAUGAUAAUAGCCGCGAAGGCAAUGGCCAUAGUCAUAGGAGGGGAUACCUACCAGCCAGGGGAGGAAAUGAUGGAGGUGAUCGCACCGAUGAUGAAAGUGAUUACCAUGAUGAGGGAGAAGACGACGACGAGAAGGACGACGAUGAAGAAGACGAAGAAGAUGAAGAGGAAGAAGAAGAAACAAUAAACAGCGGACAAUCAAAGAAAUUAUCACACAAAGAUGAAGGUGGAAGAAAGAAUCGCCGAAAAAAAGAGCGCAAACGGGACGAAGAAAGGGACCCCAGAGAAAAACUGAUGAACAGAUGCAGCAAGAUAAAGAAGAAAAAUAAAGUGGCGCCGAAUCGAGAUUCCAAAAGUGACGAAUACUCAGAUGUGACAAAUGAAGAUGUUUUAGAAGAUUUUAUUAACGACAUUAAGAAGGCCAAUCGUAGCCACUACAGCAAGCAGAAACUAAAUCAGUGGGUCAGGGAAAAUAAAUUGAAGUGUUAUUUCCACCUGCCCAGUAUUGUUACUCAGAAAGUAAUUCCACCCCUGAUUGUCCCAUUAAACAAAAAGUGUACGAACCUGUUUUCUGAACUAAGAACUAAUGACUUCAUCAACAUAGAGAGUAUAGACUAUUACAAAUUGUUCAUGAUGAACAAGAGCAUCUCCGAGUUCCGCAGUGGCAACAAGUGCCUGAUGAACGUGUCCGAUGCGGGGAACAGCGACCCCCAAGUGCUUGCCCGGAGGAAGUUUUUCCACAGCGACCGUAGCAGCAGUAGUAGCAGCGACAGUGAUGGUGAUGUUGUCAAUAAGGAUAGUAAGGACAGUCGAGACGGUCGUGAUGGUAGGGACAAUCGUGAUGCCAAUGGAAACGAGGGGACGCAGAGUAGCGGAAACAAGAGAGGGACCAUUACCCACAAGAAGAACAACGAACUGAUCGAGCUCUACAUACCCAACUUUUGGAGAAGCAUAAAAAGUGUAAACGAAAUAAAAUCUGUCACCACGGGAAACUCAGACGAUUUUUACUUCAAACUGUUAGUGCACCCAAGGGGAAACUCAAACGAUGAUAGCUACCUUUCUGUUUAUUUAGAAGUGAUCAAACAGGAUUUCUAUCCAGCUGAAUGGGUGUUCCCGAAUGUGCGUUUCCAACUAACGGUGCAUAAUUUCAAAUCAAAAAAAAAUUCCAUUUCUUCAUGGGCCUACUGGUCCUUUACCAACAACUCCCUAUCGAGAGGAUGGCAGAAAAUGAUAAACCAUUCAAAAAUAAAUAAGACCUCUGGAUUCUUGGAUGACACAGGUGGGCUCUUAAUAAAGGGAAAAGCCGAGAGGUCUUUCAAGGAACUGUGGUCCAAGUGCGUUCACCAUACCCCCAGGUAUAUUUGGAGUUACAUUCCGGAGAAAAUUUACGAAAGUUUCGAGCAUAAUGAUUUGCUAUUUCAGUUUUUGUUUCAGAAGGCUUAUUUCAAGAAAUGCCAAUACGUGGGUGAGAAGGGUGCUCGCCACGGUAGCGGAAGCAGCAGCGCUGGUAGCAGCGCUAGUGGUGGAAAUGAUAGUAGCGGAGGAAAUGGCAAGGAGAUCGACAACUGGGUUGGGACAACGAACAGCCGCGGGAAGGAAAUGCUCGCGUAUGCUAAGAACUACAUGCUCAACAGAUAUGCCAUUGACAUUUACAACUUCUCCCUCUUCUGGAGCCCUCAGUUUGUAAAAAAUUAUUUGAACAGCUCGGAGAAUUCAGAGAAAUGGAAAAGGUCCUUUCAUGAGAGCGUAAACAGGAUUAUUCGCACAGCUGAGGGGGAGAGGCAAAUACGUUGUCAUGGUGAUGAGGAUGGUGAAGAUGGCCAUGAUGAAGCUGACCAUGAGGGCGCACGGGAAUCACAACACAUUGAAGCGGACAGAUUGAAAGAAGAAAAUAAAAGCACCCUGAGCCUCAUCAAGUCCGUGUACAGCAACAUGCAGGUGUACGAAGGGCUCGUGGCGAAGAACAACCUGAAUGAGCUGAAGAACAUAACCACCGAACAGACAGAAGAAAACGACAAGGACAACAAAGAGGACCUCUCAACAGAUAACAGGAAGUACAUACUAUCCCUAACCAACUACAUCGUCCCCGUGGUGGAGUCCUAUAACGACAAUGAUAAUCUUUCCAUCCUCGUAAAUUGCCUGUACAACAUAGAGCUGUUCAAAAUUAUGGUCCUAAAAUACAAGGCAAGUCUAUACAAUCGUAUUUUUUCCAAAUAUUUAAAAAAUAGAAGAAGGGAAAAAAAAUUUAAAUUAAAUUAUGUGAUGAAAAUGUAUAAAAUUGAAAAAAAUGACACCAAGAAGGAGAUCAUUGAAAAAAUAAAACAAUUUAAUAGAGAGAAAAAAAGUUAUCAUAUGAGUGAAUCAGAUUUGAGACAUGUAAUUUUGAGCAAUUUGGAAAUUAUUAAUGACAAGAUACAGAAUUUCCUGACCCUUAUGGAUGAAAAAAUUUAUUACCUUAAUAACGUAACCAGUCGUGAGAAAAGUAAUGCAUAUGAAGAUGCACAAGGGGGGAAGGAGCCACACCACGUACAUGAUAAUGAGCUUAUUGAUGUGGAAACCAUUAUCUACAUACACCCACUACACGGGCCAAAGGAAGAGGAAAAUCAGAACAAACCAAAGCAAAUUUCUAAUAUGAAUGUUUACAUUAGUUAUAUCAAUGGAAAAAUUAGUUAUGCGAACGAUUGUAUGUACAGCCAGGGGAUGGACAAGUAUAAUAUAAACUACCUUUGUAAUAUGAAUAAAGUGAAAAUGAGCAUACAGAGCAUUAACAGCAAUAUCGAGCAAGUCAAUCUGAACAUUGAGAAACUUUUGGAACUCGCCAAUCAGGAGGAUGUACCCUUUCCAGGGGACAGCGUAGGGGAAAGCGGAAGCGCUGGAGAAGGGGAAGGUGAUCUAUUAAUUAUGAAAGCUGCGAGGAGAGCGGUUGCCGUUAUCCCUACUGCGGACCAUACCAACCCACGACUGAAUGGAGCUGUUGAGGAAUUCAUUAACACCUUUCAUAUUGAUCCCAAAGAGUGCCUGAACAAGGAUAGCCAAACGACAAUUCAUACCAAGGAAAAGGACGCGAAAGAAAUGAAUGACCCAUCAGAUAAUGACUCGAAUAAACGAGAACACUAUCGUGUGAGAGACUAUAUGGACUUUUUAGAAAAUGAUUUUAUUGACGACCCGAACGAACUGAAAAAUUUGUCCUACCGAUACACAAGCGAUAUGAAGUCCUUUAACAUGUUUGAGUAUUUUAGAAAAAACAACAAAAAUGUAAUCAUUGCUCUUCAAAGAAUUUUUAUUUGCAUGCAACUCUACUCUCUAAUCCUGUGUGCGAAGAAGGGAAAGGAGGAUUUUCAAAAAGAUCAUUUUAACAAUUUUGAUAGGCUUUUUUAUAAAGAAAAAGGAAAUUUGGACUUUACGGGUUCUACUGGUGAUCUGUGUGAAACCAGUAUAGCUAGCUCUGGUAGUGCUGGCAACUCCACCAACACCACGAUGACGAUGACCAUGACGACCACUCCAAAGAGUAGGAAGAGAAAGCAUCGUAGUAGCUGCGAGGAGGAGGAGGAGAAGAAGAAUGAAGAAUUAUCCGAAGGAAAGAAGAAAUUUUCGAGUAAAGAAAAUUCUGAGGCCGAUAACUCAGAGAAGAGUUCCAAUUCCUUUUCGCCGUCCAACUCAAUGGAGGUGAAGGAUGCGAACUUGAAUGAGAAAGACAGCCGAAGUGGUAGUGGCAGUGAGAGCAAGGCCGUAAUGGACGCGCAGUUUCCCCACCAGAUAGGCAGAAGCAGCGACAACCAGGAUUACACAGGGGGAGAAAAUCAAAUGAUAUGCAAAGAAAAGAAUGAAAAUGCGCAUAUGAACAAUUAUAACAAUUGUAGAAGUAGCAGCAAUGAUGAGUCGCAAGAGAAGGAUGCCAAAUAUUUUUCCAACUUGGCUCUACACAAAAAGAAUUGCCUAUACUAUUACAAAAAUAGCCUCUUUUAUAACACGCAGUACUCUGAGGAUGAGUGUAAUUUAACUCUCUCCGGGACGGACCACUCCAAUAAGGACAAAACAAGUGGCAGCAAGAAAAGAAUGAAAAACACCGUACUUAAUGUGUACAACAAGAAUGAUAAUUAUUUGCAUUUGUUUAAGCCCCUCAUACCGAGUAUAAAGAUUUUACUCUUUAGUCUUAACAAGAUCCUUUUUAAUCAGUACAGAUGUAAUGAACCCAUCACUCGGAUCCAUGAACAGCUGUUCAAACGCAUCGUAUGCGAUGUCGUGAAAGACAAGGUGAAGCUGAAUAGGAAGAUUAAGAAACUCAGGAGACGCCUCGCCGAAUGUCGCGAUGGCGGUGUGGAGUCCGCUGACCAAGACAGAGUUGUUAGUGCCAAUGGAGAUGGUAGCCGCACCGACAGCAGUAGAAGGAGAAAACUAGAAAGAAGAGAAAAUGAUUUGGUGGAAGACUUGAAAGAUCUGAGGAUAUUCGAAAAAAUGUGUUACGAGUUGUUCAACUUGAAGAGCAAAACGGAGAGCGAAAAUGAAAGCAGCGAUAAUAACAAGAUGGAGGCCAGCGACUACAGUGAGAGAUCCAAUGUGCAGAGCGAGAAUGAAGUAUACCCCAAGUUUCAGAAGUACCCAUCAAAGCAGGGGAACGAAAUGGAGGAGGCAGAACAGGAAGGAAAACAAGAAACGAAACAAACGAAUCAGCCAAAACAGACGAAGCAACAGAAGGAGGAACGAAUUAGUAACCCUGCGAUGGGGGAAAAAAAGCAAACAGGUACUGAAACGGGAACCACCAACAAUAGUAAGGAUAAAAAAGCGACUCAGAAAAAUUACGACGCAGGGAAGAAAAAAAAUGAAACGAAUUAUAAAGAUGAUAACGAUUCGUAUGACCAAAGCAAUAAUGGUAGCGACAAUUUCGAGGACAACAAGGAUGAAGACUUUUUCAACCAGGGGAAGAAUAAAGACUCAGAUAAUUACGACAGCAAAGCUUCAAAAAAUAAAAGCAUCAAUUCAUUAAUUUAUAAUAUGAUAAAUAAAAAAAAAAUAAACUUUUAUAAAAAUUAUAUCAUUUGUGAGAAGGAUAUUUACAAGACGAUUGAAAAAUCAUCCUUCACGGAAAUUCCUUACGUCCUUUUCUUCUAUAUGAAUUGCUUCAAAAAUUUAAGGAGGGGGGAGCUCAUCGACAUACCUCUCUACUUGGACAUAUAUGAAGAUAUCGAGGAAGAGACAGAGAGGAGGGGUCAGCACAAUGGCAAAGGAGAAAUGAAUGGCCCCCACCACAAUGGCAGCAGCGCAAGUGGCAGUGUUAGUGGAGGAAGUGCUAGUGGAAGUGCAAGUGGAAACAACCAUUAUAACAAGGAGGACAAAAGCAAUUCUUUCUUUGGAAUAAAAAAAAAUGUACAUGCCAAGAGAAAAAAUGAUGAGUACAAUGAAUAUAUAAUUACAUACCAUCUGUACGCUUUGAUCAUUUCAGAAAACAAAGAUGCUAGUAACAGCAUGUGUGGCAUCCCCAGUUAUAACAAAUUGAGCGACAUGGAAUUCAACGCAGGGAAUGACAUGAACAACACAUCCUAUUCCUACCUCAUCCUGAGGCCCUACAUUAAAGGACCAUGGUUUAAAAUUUACAAAAAUAGGAUAACGAAAUUGAGACAGACGUAUGAAUUUAAUGAGUGGAAGUGUCACAAGGAUUUCUACUGUUCCUGUUGCAUCUAUGUUAGUGAUAAUUAUUACGAUUUGAACAACCAGCUUUGUUUGAAACAGCUAAACAUUAAGAAUAUUAAUUUCCCUUUGUACAUUCACACCUUGCGGGAGUUCGACAUUGAGGAAAAGGACAUUUUCGAAUUUAACAAAAGUGGCAAGGAGGACGACUUGUACGCUGAGCGCAAUGUGGUCACAGGUGAUGAGAAAAUGGAUGACCAGCUGAUUUAUGAGUUGCGCAAGGGGGCUUCUCCUGUUCCCCUGGCGGAGCAGGGGCAUGUCGCAGGGCAACCUGCUGACAAAAUUGCUGACAAGAAUGCUGGCCAAAAUGCUGGCCAAAAUGCUGCCCAAAAUGCUGGUGGAGUGGACGAGCAGGCGGAGAAGGCAGAUUCCCCCGCCGAUGGCGAACGUGAUAUGACAAAAGAGCAAGGUGCGACUCCACCGGAAAACACGCAACCCGCAAGUGAAGUGGCACCCCCCGGGACGAAUCACACAGACAAAACGAAUACAAAUACAACCGAAUUAAAAGAACAAAUAGUUGCGCAAGAAGGAUAUUUUAAAAACCCAGAGGGUGGAACCCUGACUUAUAGAAGGAACGCCGAUAUGAUGAAAAAGCUUAUGGGUCAGGCAAACCACCCCAGCGUGAGCACCAGUACAGAGGGACACACGUUUAUAACAAACGAGAGAGACCUCAUACUGAACUCGCUAGGGGUUCACCAUAGGAUGAUGAUAAAUGUGAAGGAUGAACUGUUCGACGAUGUAAUCAAAAUUGAGGACAACGAACAUGCUGCGUACAAUUACACCAUCAAUGGGAAGGCCAAAGUGUGCAUCGUCCUUAACAAGAACAGGAGCAGGUUGAAACAGUACAAGCACUUCUUCGACAUCAAGGGUAUAAUGAAGAGGUACGAGAAGUUUGAUGAUAAUCAUAAUUUAAAUUUGUUUAGCAAUAACGUAUGUGAGAUGAACUUUUCACAUAAUUUGUCCAGAGGGUUCGUCAUCUCGAAUGGCUUUUUCACUUCGGAGGGCGUAUACUGGGCGAGCAACGAGUUGGCGCAGGAACAGAGAAGCCUGAGCGAUGCGAGGGGCGAGCCAAACGCGCAGGGAGAUCCCGUCAACGGAGCCGAAAGAGAAAGCAGCACCAAGAGCAUUACGAGAAGCACGAAAAUUAAUGUGCUAAACGAUAUUCAAAAGUCUAAGGGGAAAUGCCACAUAAAAAAAGACUACCGAAAUAGCCACCUUGUGAAUUAUCAUAUAAACAACGGAAUGUUAAACGCAAACAACAUCAGCUACAUCAAAUGCUUCAUGCAAUUACAAAAUCUUUUUAAGAAUAUGAAUUUGAAUAAUAACGAUUUUGUCAACCAUAACAGCAUGAGGUUCAGGAUAAACAGUCCCUUCAACGUAGAACUGAAUAAUAUUUUUUUCAAUUAUUACAAAGAGAAAAUUAACAUGAAUAAUGUUAAAAGAAGCUACCUAGACAAUGAAGAGAAAUUAGAAUUACACAGCUAUUAUUUGAAGACUUGUCUUAACAUUUUUAAAUCAUUUUUUCAUGAGUACUUAUAUAUCAAUCUUACUAAUCGUGUGGAACUGAAAAAGAAAAGGAAAAAUGUGUACAAGAAUUUUUGUAUAGCUUUGUCAGAUAUUUUUUUCAACAACUUAAGUUUCAAUACCGAUGAUGAUGAUGAAAAUUUUGAGCACUUACAAGGCGGAAUUGCUGUGUAUGAAUUUUAUGAAAGUCGAUUUAAAAAAUUAAAAAUUAUGUUGAAGAAAAUUUUCAUGUAUUUGAAUAUCAUAUGUAGAGUUAUUAAGUAUAUUCAGUUGAAGAAGAUUCUUUUUAAUGAAAAUUUUGAUUUGCACACUUGUAAAAUGCACGAUGUUUUUUUUUUCAAUUAUUUGUACUUUUUCUACAAUAAAUAUUCCAAAAAUUGCAGCAAUAAGUAUAUAAAGAAGUUGUGUGUACGUUACGGUGUGAAGAAACGCGAAAUAGUUACAAGUUUGCGUCGGAAGAUCAACACGGCCAAGGAUGAAGACUUUUACUUCCUCGACGUGUACCAACGCCUCUUUGAGGGCGGCGUGCGCGGCACCACGUUGGGCCCUCUGCCCAACAGUGACGAGGAUUGUAGAGUAGGAGGGAUGAAAAUGGCGAACGCGGCCAGUUUUGCCAACGCUGAAAACCCUGAUAGCGAUGUGAACAAGGUGAACAGGCUAAUGGCCUUCUGCAGAUGUAUGGCGGAGGAUAACAAGAAGGACGCUUUCUUCGAACCCACCAAACACAAGGCCGACUGCGUCUUCCGCUACCUCACGUCCACACUCCACGAAGAUGUCCUCCACCUGAAAAACAAAAACAAGGACUUUAACGAGAAAAUGAGCUACACGAAGAGUGAAACGUCGAACAAGGAAGGAAAAAUGAUCAGCCUGACAAGCGGCGAAGGGGACAACCAAGACAUAAACGAGUUUUUAAAUACGGAUCAACUAAAGGAUGAGAAACAUUUGGAAUCAUUCUUCCUCCAAUUAUUACAAAGGAAGAAAAAAACGUGCAUUCUAUGCUACUGCGUAAGGCGUUAUUAUUUGCGCUUUCUAAAGAGACUACAAAAGAAUUUAGCCUUUGAGGUGCUCGACAAACAAAUCAAUUUCAUCUUUGACAACAACUACCUCGAAAUUAUUAAAUUAUAUAAUAGGCAGAAAAGCAAUUGUGGCGGCGGGGCUGGAAAUAAGCAUUGUGGUUACCAUUGCAGUUAUGACUGCAGCAGCAGGAGUCAUGGAGGGCAUCACAGCAGUCAUCAAGGUGGACACCGCAACAGCAACAAUUUCCAUCCCAAUUGCAAAUGCUCUAGUAUAUUCAGCUACAUAAACAUCGACUCCAUUGAAGCCUGCAUCAUCUACCUCCUUCAAACCAUCUGGAAGUAUUACAUUUGCGACAUUCUCUCCAUCCCUAAUGAAUUAGAACAAUUCUAUGAUAACCUGGCAAAAAAACACAAAAGGAAAAAGUACAAAAAUUCCAAAGAUGAAAAAAGCUGGAAUUUUAUCAAGUACCUUAAGGAGGAAAAAACAAAUAAUAUGAUAAACAAAUAUCUUUCUAAUAAUGAAGAAAAUAUGGAAGUGGUUUCCACCAAUGAGGAUAGCAGUGAAGAGAAACUUGUGCACAACAAUUUGCUUCUCUCGAACUUCCAGUUCAUUGACAUGAGUGCAAUUAAGAAGAACAUCACUGUGCAGUCGGGUCUUGGCGCAGACCAGAAGGGACAGGUUAACGAGGUUAGCGCUAACAAUGUGAGCGAUGUCAACCAUGUUAGUGGCAACACCCGGACAAGCAGCGAUGAGCAUUUGAGCAGCGACAACUACGAGAAUAAGAACCAGAAGAGCCAUUCCAAAAAGAACACCGAAGCACAGGGCGAAAAGAACAAGGCACACAAGAGUGAAAAAGUCGCUAGCGAUUUCUACACCAUCGAUUUGAAUAUCCUAAGUGAAGAUGAACUCAGCGCAUACACACAAUUCCCCAAUGGAACACUGACCCUUUUGAAGGUGCUACAGGGGAAUCUAGACAAUAGGGAGUUGAAGAAAUUGCUGAAGCAGUUCAAUUUGAGGGGAAUUAAAGUGAAGAGCGGCACUAGGGAACAAGGCAGGAGCAUUAUCGUGACGAAUGAGGUGGGUCCAGUUGGCGCCUCCUGCACAGAUGGUGCCCUCGGGGAAGAUGAAACGGAAAUAGAAAACAAGGAAGGAAAGCAAGAGGAGAGGAAAGAUGAACAAGGGGAGCUGCCUAUCCUGCGAGAAGGGGAAACACGUGCCGAGAUGGACGAUCAGACCAAAGGGAGAAAAAGCAAAGCAGAGGAAGAUAAGGGAGAGAAAGACAAGGCCAAGGCAGUAGUUAAAUGCACCAAGGGAAAAGGAAGCAAAGAAGUAGCCUUACCACCUAACGCUCUGGAGAGUAACCUGGAGCAGGUCCUCACAGGAAGCAGCAACGUAGAUGAAAAUUUCAUUUCCAAUUUUUACGUAAACCUUAAGUUGUUGAAGGAUAAAUUGGAUAAUAAUUACUCCGACAAAAAUAGCAGUGGAAAGGAUAAUGACACUAUUGAAGAAAAUGCUUUGACGAGCGCAAUACACAAAGUCAGUGAAACGAUGAAAAAAUAUAAUAUAAAUAAUAUUAACGAGAUUAAAAGUGUAUUGGUGAAAAAUGGAUACGACAUACGCAAGUGCUACAACGGAAUUGAUUUGAUUUUCCUGUUCCUCUCAAAAAUUAAAGGAGUCAAUGUGAGCUUUUUAAAUGGAAACAAUUUUAUUAAUAACAAAAAUGUGUAUGAAAUUUUGCUGCAAAAUUUUAAGACGAUAGAUUAUGAGAAUGUAGAAAAGGAUUUUUACUCUCUCGAUUAUAUUCUUUCCACUUUUGAAUACAUAGAUGAGAUGUAUAUAUAUCAGAGGUACAGAUCCUUUUUUCAUUUUACGGACCUUCUAUUCACAGUACAAAACGUGGUAGAUGAUAACUCAGACAUAACGCAGGAUUUGUUUACCCCUUUCUUUGAUGUUCUUAACAAUUUAUUUUGUUAUGGUAUUGGUUUGGUGGAUAAUUUUAAUGAAAAUUGUAAAGAGGUUAUUAAAAUUAACAGUUUAGAAUAUUUCUUAGAGCAUUUACACAAGUGUAUUGGAUCCCUUUAUAUCAUCGACAAGAAUUUUGAGUGUAGAAAGGAGAUGUUUGGUUUCAUUCAGUACAAUAGCUUUUUUUGGCAUGUCCUGUACAAGCAAUACAAUUUCUUUUUAACUUAUUAUGAUAUGAAGAAUCACUGCAAUAUUUUCAAUGCCUUUUUGUUUCAUUUUCUUAAUUACACCUUUGAAUUUCCACUGGACAAUUUUUUCAAAAUUGAUAAUCAACUAAGUGAAGAGAACAAGGAUGUGGUUGCUCGUGUUUUUGAACAAUUUCCCUUUUUGAAACCAGAGGAGAGAUUCCUGUUUUGUCUCAUUUUCAGAUUUCUGCUGCAGGACAAGAACCAUUUCUACACCUACUACUACAGUACCGAGUUAUCUCUUUUUAUCUUCAACGCUAUAAUGUCUUUGAAUAACUUCAGCCGCAACCUGGAACAGCCUUAUAUGUUCUCCCGAGGGUUCACACCCCUGAACGGGUUAGAGGCAGACCAGCCACCCCUCUCAAUGAACAAAACAGACCAAGUGACCAAGAGGAAGAAGAAACAUUUUCAAAAUUUCCAUCUGAACAAGGAAAAUUUAAUCCCGUUCAUUCAGAGAAAGGAGAAGGAACUGCUCAACCUGGGGUCUAUAAUAAAUAUGGAGGUAACGAACAAAGCCAUUUACUUUAACAACACUAUUAAUAUGUUAAAUUUUAUUUUCAAGGAUUACAAAAAGAACAAAUUCGUGAACUAUGCAAACUCAGAUGUGAAUAACAGUUUGUUUUACCUGGCUUACAAUUACCCCAUCAUUAACAUCAACCCGAAGCAGCAAGACCUUCUGACCCUAUACCUGAGAAGCAUAUACAUGCACAAUGAGAACUUCAGAAACAUUAACAACUUGGUUUAUAUUUACAGCAACUCCUUUUACAAUUUUCAUAAUUUAUUUUUGUUUCUGAACAAGAAGAAUGACCUUUUCCUUUCUCUGUUCAAACUGCGGUUCCAGGGAAAACGAUCCCCACAGAUGCGCAACUUUUUCUACGACGCGAGGGAGGAGAUGGCAAGAUGCGCGGCUGGCCGGGUAGAAAACCACGUUGACAAUCUAACUGACCGCUCUACUACCCCACGUGCGUUUGGUAAUUAUGACGUGGCCAUACACAACUGUGUGAGUGAAGUGUUCUACCUGUACGACGGCAUCGUUUACGACUUGAACGAGACGGAGAAUAUAGACUACUACUUCGAAGGAAGAGAAGCUUACUUGAAUUUUGUGCGUAACAGAAAUAUGGAAUACUACGAAGAGAGUGAAAACCUGUUGUAUGAAGAGAAGGCAAAGGAGCGUAACGAAACGAAUGAAGAUUUGGAGAGACGAAUUGAAGAGGUGCUGCGAAGAGAACUGGUCGCCACAGGGAAUAGACCGAACGAAACGAACAGCGACGUGAUCAACAUCACUAAGGACAACUCCAAUGUCUUGAAGAACAAAAAUACAAACAAGAGGAAAAAAAAUGAAAAAAAUGAAAAUUUCCUUCACGAACCAGAGUUAGAAAGAGAUAUAAUGAAUAUAAGGUUCACGAAAAAAGAAUUCCUUGGAAAAAAUAUACCAUCCUUUUUCUAUUUUAGAUCACUCAUGUACAAUCACAAAACUGUUGUCAAUAGUAAGUCUGAUGCCGUACAUGCAAAUUCUUCCUCCGCAAAUACAACAAAGAAAUUUUUCUACAUCUCGCUCCUGUUCAACAUUGACUUUUACAACAUCCGAGGAAUGCACAUUGAAAAUAAAUUGGUGUCGGAUCGAACUUUACGCAUUAAUAAAAUUCUCAAGGACAAUAAGGGAAGGUUACUAAAUGUAAAAGUCUUUCACCUGUACAAUAUUUUUUCCAAAAUUAUUGAACUACACUAUGAGGGAAAGAACAACACGAGCAGAAGCGGAAACAACAGAACCAGCAACAACAAUAGCAGUAGCAGCAACAUGAUUAACAACAAUAGUGGUAGCAACAAAAACAACCUGAACAUGAACAAUGCAGAGGAUAAAUUCAUUAAUGGACUGGAUUAUAAAACGGAUGAAGAUUUUUACUACAAGGUGAAAAUGAAUCCCUCAUACUUCUUCCUCUUGUAUGCUAUUAAAAACGAUUACGAUAAGAAGAACAAGAACAAGCUCAUUUUUAUGAACGUGAAUUCUGAUGUAGAGAGCUAUGUGGAGGACAAGAAGGAUAGUACAUACAAGUUCGACCUGAACAUCCUGCUCAUCCCUAUUUCCUCUCACAUUGUGCUGAGCAAGUACAAUGGCAAUAUCAACCUUUUCAACGACAACGAUUACCCGCUCAUCACGUUUAAGUUUCUCACCUCCACGUAUGACUUGGUCUGCAUAGGCAUGAUAAUCUGCUACUCGAAGCUGCUCCUUCAGGACUACAUCCUAAACUGGUUUAUCCCCAAAAUCAAGGAGCGAAAAUUAGUUAAAGAAGAUUUGGAAAUAAAAUUGGAGGAAAUAAAUGUGUAUGAAGAAUCAGAACUCUACUGUCUGGAAAAAAUUCGAAAGUUCUCAUGCAGCAUUAAGAAGCUUCUGAAAAAAUACAACAACACUAUCGUGAUCCAGUUGAAGAGAAAUCACAACAUGAAUAACUUACAUAUAAAAUGCAUAGAAAAUUCAAAGCUGAACAAAACGAACUUCUGCUCCACCUGCAAAAGCAAUUAUGUUUGUUUGUGCCAAAAGAUUAAAAAAGAAGAGUUGAGGGAAAAAAUGAAUUACAUUAAGGGCCAAGAGAAGAUGAUGAAGGCGAUUAGAAGCAAUUGCGAAAUUAACCCUGAAGAUGUCAUUGGGGAUGACAUGAGUAGGAAGCGAAGUCAAACUUCCCAAGCACGCAGUGCUGACAACGCAGGGAAGGCGGGGUCAGUCACUGGUACUGUAACGACGACCAUGUCGAAUGAGUUUCCAUGGGAUGACAAUUUCAUGAAGGCGGUGUAUCAAAAUGAAGAACUGAUGGACGAAAUGAACGUGUUGGAAAAUUCAUAUCGCUCAACUAACAGCUCAGUCCUCUCCGUGUCCAGUGAUAAUAUUUCGAACUUCUCUGGAGACGACAAUUGUAUAUUGGACGAAAUGGAAAACACGACCAUUAUAUUUAAUAACGCCCUGUAUGAAGAUGAGGACCUUUUGCGAAAUGAAAAAAAAACACAAGAAAAAAGUGCCACAGGUGGAGGAGAUCACUCAUAUGUAAAUCCCAUUGAUGGCGAUAACGCCAUCGAACGAAACCUUAGAAAGAACAAUGUAAAAAAUGACAUUGAGGAAAUACUUCUACUAGAGUUCGAGAAAUUAAGCACAGAACAUGUGAAAAACGUGUACACAAUACAAAAGAGGUUCGAAAAAUAUACAGAAGGUCUCUACAACAAAAUGAUGAAUGAGCUGGCAAAGAAAAGAGAAGCCAGUAAAAAAGUGAAAGGGGAAGAAGAUCACCACAACAAAGAAUUAUCCAAAGGGUAUGUACGAAGCAUUACUAACACGGUGAGCGAAAGCAAGGAACAAGGUAAAAUAUUAGAGAGUCAGGCGGAGAAAAUGUUGGAGGAAGAAAAUGUUGUGCUUACUCAGGGUCAGCAGGACAAACCGGCACACACAUCCAAACUUGACACGAACGACUUGAAGAAGACAUAUUCGGAGGCGGUACCAAAGAAGGGAGAACAGAGUAAAGCCCAGGAGGACGCUGCUUCUGUACAACCCCCUAGUAACAAUAAACGAGGUACUAAGAACAGCAAGGCGGAAAAAGGCACGCACCAGGAUAAAGACAAAGGUGUUGUGAGUAAUAGCAACGCGGCGGUUAAGAACAAACGGGUCGUGGAAGACAAUACUGGUGCAAAUGGCCUCGGUCAGGUGGACAGUUUGACCCCCAAGAAGGAGAAGGCGCAACAGGAAGCAGAGCUGAAGAAGGAAAGGGAUAACAAAGGGGGAGCAGCUCAGCUGAAGGCUAGUCCGACUGAUGAAGAGGGCGCGAAAAAAGUGGAAGCCAUUGGUAAGAAGAGAAACGGUGAAGUCAAAAGUGAUGACGUGAAAGUAGGUGAGAAAAAGGGUGCAAAGAAGAAAGCGGACAAGGGAAUCAACGCCAAGGAUGAAGGUGCCACCGUAGAAAGUGAUGUGGACGAGGAGAUGGACAAACCCAGCCAGAAGAGUAAAAGUGCAAGCGCAAAGAAGAAUCAGCAGGGAAAGGAAAAGAAGCAGAAAGGAGGCAGUAGCCCAGCUGAAGAUGAGGAAAAGGGAAAAGGCGGCGAAAAAAGGAAGGCAAAUAAGGAGGGAGAAAUGAAGAAGCCUGAAUCGAAGAAAGGGGGAGAAGCCAAAAAGUUGGAAGGGAAAGUGGACGCGACAGUGGAGGUGAAAGCAGAUGUGAACGCAGAAGUGGGCGCCAAAACGGUUCAAGACGCCUCGGGAGAAGCCCAAGAGCAGAAUGUAGAAGACCCCAUCAACAACUACUUCUGCAAAAACAUCUCGGAGCAGAUUGAAAAAAUGGAUAAAGUGGACACCGUCGCAGCGUACCUUUACAACGAAAUGGUAGAAAUAACGAAAAAGAAACUAAAGAAAAACGUAAUACGGCUGGACCACCUGUCGGCAGAAGGAUAUCUGAGCAUAGGAGAAGAAUUCCUUAGCGCCAUGAAUGAGUUGAUUGUCAAAUUGAACAUUAAAUUUGGAUCAGAGGAAGGUAGUACGAUGAAACAUAUUUCAAGUGGCGCCACCAGCGUAAUUACCUUGUCCAGUGGAAUGAAGAAAAAUAAAGGAGCAGGAGGAGCAAUAAUGAACAUGGCAAUAGGCGCAACACCAACGGAAAGACACACAGAAGACAACAGUGACGUUGGUGGAAAAGGGACUACCAAAGAUGUGAACAUACAAGAAGAACACAAGGAUAGAAGAGAAAAUAACCAGUACAAUAUAUACGAAAAUGAAAAAAUUAUAAAACUGUUAAGCAUGUUGAAAAGAAAAUUAAUUUCAAAGAUUCUUGUGCCAGAUAGCCCAAGUGACAAAAACAAAGCAAGAAAUAAAAAAGUUGUGAAAAAAAAAAAGCAAGUUGAUAUUAAAUACAUUUGUGAAAUUUUCAGGAGGGAAUAUAUUUUCCAUGACAAACUUUUAAUUUUGACUCAACACAUAUUGGAUAUUAACAUUCGAACCAAUAUCUUCCUAUUUGUGUACCUCCUUGCUGGCAAUUAUUUCUCUCUAAUGGAUUUGGACUUCCUGCUCAACAACAUCACCUACUUGAAUGAUUAUGUGUAUUAUAAUAAGGUCAACGUGGAAGAGUCGCUUUUCCUAGGAGUCGAUGGCUGCUCGUCCGGUAGCGCAACAGCGGUGGAAGCCGCAGGUAGCACGAUCAUUGAAAUGAAGAAGACACAAAAUCAGGACCAACAAUCAUUGAAGCAGGAAAAAAUUACUACCGGUUCGCGAAGUACACAGGGCAAUACCAAGAGUGAAGCAGCCAUAGAAACAGUAACCAACAAUAACCAAAGUGGAAAGAAAAAAAAGAAAAAAAAAAACACACGCAAUGGCGUCAUCAUUGAUGAUGUUGAGGAUGACGUGGAUGAUGAGAUGGAAGAGGAUGAUGAAGAGGAAGAAAAUGACUUGGAUGAAGAUGAAGAAGGGAAAAAAGUUAAAAUAAAAAUAAAAAAUAUACAAGAUGAAGCACCAGAAGAGGAUGUAUUGAUCAACAUAAACAUUAGCAAAAUUAUUUACGUUCUUAUUCUCAUUAGUAAUAAGAAAAUAUUAUCUUAUCUGGUUGAGGACAAGGCCCCUAGACCACUUAGCCCUAAUUACUUUCUCGAACUGAAUAAGAAAUACUACCAACUGGUGAACACGGAGUAUUUGCAAUUGAUGAAGGAGAGCUUCGCAAAGGACUGGAGUGAGAAUUUCGAGAGGGACGUGGCUUUCUUUGAAAGUCUCAAUUUGGACGAUCUGGUAAAUUGCGCUAUUACUUCAUGUGAUGUUAAUAUCGCUGCCUCAGGGGAGGUGUUCCAGGUAUGGGGUAAUGACAAGUUUGGCCACGACGCGGACGAUGCGAUUCAUAGCAAAACGCAGAAACAGCACGCAGACAGGAAGAAGCAUGAUAUGGGAGAUAAGAAAUACGAUUUGGGACAAGGCAAAAGAGGAGACCUCUUAACAACCUUAACGGAGAGCGAGCUAGCCGUCAUCAAUGAAAACGAUCCCAUGCAUGAAAAGGCCGUGCGCAAAUACAUCCACAUGCACAACUUUAUCAAAUUUAAAUUGAACUUUAACAUUGCCUUGAGAAAAAUUAAUUACAUAAAAGAAAAGGAGGAAUCCAUCUCUUCCUUCUAUACCCUAGUAUUUAAAUACAAUAGCGAUUUGAUAAGAGGUCUGCAUAAUCGGCUCUUCCCUCACCAGGUGACAAAGCCACGUUCACAACCACAUCGAGCAAGCAACGUGGAAUGUAAGGCAAAAGAGCAGUCACCCGCAACAGCUACCCUCCAGGUUAGCGUUAAGGAUAUUGCAAGGAUGAAGGAAAUAUAUGACAAAUUCGUUUCAAGGAAUGCCAAGCCAAAUAUUAUAAAAGACCUCUACAGUAGGAACGUGGAAAUUAACCAACUACUGAUGAACACGUUCCUGGAUAAGGGCAGUUGUUUGAAUCAACCCCAGAGCGGCACCAUGAAAGGUGUACCUAGUAGCACGAAAAAAGGACAACACCUCACCAAAACAGAGGCCCUGAACAGUACAAAGGAGGUUAAAAUAAAUCUUGCCAAGGGGGGAACCAUUAGUAACGAUUUGCAGAGUGAAAUUCAAAUGGGUGUAGGAAACAUUGCAUAUGAUAAGAGGGGAGCAGGUAUAGGGGUAGGAACGAUGAUGAAGAAUAACUACGCUUCAUUGUAUGACCAGUCGCCCUCCAACAAGAACAGCAGUACUUUGAAGAUGUCGGGUGCACAGGGUCAGAUCACCGACGGAGCUACACCCACUAGUAAUGCAAACAAGGCAAAGAAAGCAACCGUGUUGGAUGGAGGUAAAAACCUCCCCAGCAGUGCGAAUGAAGUUGAUUCUCCUGUGGAGGAUGCGAAGGGUGGAAAGGCAGCACCCACAUCUAUUCCCACAUCACCCACAGGUGUAUUACCACCAAACGAUGGUACAAUGAAUGCGGUUAGUGGUAUGAAUAGUAGCGUAAACGCAACUGCAAAUGUGAAUGUAAGUAGUUUGAAUGUACAAAGUGGAACGGGUAGUAGCACGGCCCUACAGGGGAACAGUAGCACCAUCGCCGCGAACACCAAGUUUGCUAAGAAGAGCAAGUUCAAAAGAAUCUACAAUAAAGAUAUUCCAUACAUUUGCAACGAAGGAAAAACUUGGAUGGUCAUUUAUAAACCAGCAUACUAUCACUGCUCCGCAUAUACAUCUCACAACAGGUACAACUUUCUGGUCAACAUAAACAAGUACAGUGAUUACUUUUAUAACAUAUUAGAAAAGAUAUGUAUAAAAUGUAAAAUGAAAACUAAAUUUAUGUGUACCUCAUGUAAGGAAAUGGAGAAUAUGUGUAACAAGUGUGAAAAUAUUGUUGCUAGAUUUUGCAAGAAAUGUCAUUUAUUAAUAAAAAAGAAUCGAGAUGUUCUAAAAAUUAUUAAUAGUAUAUCAUUGAAUGAUGUUAUAUAUAGUGGUCGGGUCGAGUCAUUUCAUCUUUACAUGAUGAAAUCAUUUCCUCAUUUGGAGACUGUGAAAAAAUGGCACAAGUUAGAAUGUGGCUUGUGUCAUCGUAUUGAUUUAGAAACAUCAGGUAGUUUAAUUAUUGCUAAAACGAAAGAUGCUAGAGAUUUCCUCUUUGAUCAAUUUAGAAAAAGAAAUGUAUAUAAAGAAUAUUUAUUACUCUGCCAUGGAAGGAUUAAGAAGAAGAAGGGAUGUAUUAAUAAAUCUAUACAAACGCAUGAGUACAAUAACUUUCAUAGUAAGAGUCACUUCAGUUUAGUUGUGAAGACGGGUGGUACGGAUGCAUACACAGAAUAUAAUUGCGUCAAAGUUUUUAGGCUUAAAAGAAAGAUUGAAGAUAUUGUGCAGGAGAUUUUGGCUGGAAAAUACAACUGCAAUAGUACCGUGAAGAAAGAUAUUAAUAAGGAAAUAUAUUGUAAUGAUUAUUAUAAAUUUUUGGAUGAUGAGAAGAGGAACUUUGCAAGUAUUAUUCAGCGCUUCUUCGUUCAACAGAUCAGACCCUCUGCCCAAGGGGACACAAUGGAUAACACCGACCUGAUGGGAAAUGCAAAUGGUGCAUAUCCUUAUGAGCACCCCAUGUACGACGCACCCAUACUGGACGCCAACGACAAUGAUUCAUUCUUACAAAGGAACAGCUGCAGAGUCGUCCUGAACUACCACUCCGAUUCGCAGCUCCAGGAACUCACAAAAGGGGAGCGAAAGAAGAAGGCAACAAAGAGGAAGAUUAAGCAGAAUGGAACAGGAAAAGAAGAUUCUGCGCAGGGGUUACAAAACGACGAACAGGACGGAGAAGCAGCAGGGGCCACCUCGGAAGACGAACCAAACAACACUACUCUGUCCAAGCGGGAGGCACUAUUGAAACGGCUGAACAUGUCCAAGGCGAACAAAAACACUAAUAGUUAUAAUAAAUAUGAUAAGCGCUUUGGCUACCCAGCCAUGAAAAGAAAUGUGUGCCACCACCUCUGCUUCAGAUGCAACUCCAUCUCGGAAGAAUAUUUCCAGACGGAUCCUAAAGAAGUAGAAAAUUACACCAAAGAAUUCACCCUCUGUAAUGUGAAGAUCCAUACAGGUAGAACCCAUCAAAUACGGGUUCAUAUGAGACAUAUAGGACACCCAUUAGUGGCAGACAAAAAGUACCUGAACCCAUCCCUCAGCAAUCUAGACAAAUAUUGGUGCUUCAGAAUGUUCUUGCACUCCGUCAUCCUCGAGUUCAACAACCCCGAUUAUUACUUCUACAACGUAAAUGAAGAUUUGAAAAAAAAGAAAAAAACCUACACAAGUGGUGGUGGUGGGACCAGUGGCGGAAUCAACUCCUCCAUGAGUAACGCAGUUUACAAAAUCCCAGACAGAACCGUCAAGGCUAUAUGUCCCCUCGCCAGCGACUUACAGACCGUGUUGGACAACGAGCUCGAGGUUGCGGAGAGCUUGGAAGAUGAAAAUAGCUAUGUCAAUCGUAUCCUCAAAAUGAACAUUAAUGAUAAACGAAAUGAGGCUAUGAAGAAGAUUUCCAUGCAGAGAACCACCACGGAGGAACCCACUAAAGUAGAAGGCGAUCGCGGCUUGGAGUCGAAGGUGACACCUACGCAUGGGGUUAGCGCCCCAACGGGCAAGUUGACCGACCAGACCACUACGAAGGUGAAAGGUGCAAAGGACAUAGCGGAAGAACCAUACCAAGAGGAAGAAGACCGAAAUGAAUUUGACGAUUAUGAGGAAGAUGAUGAGUUUGGUGACUUCGAUGAGGAUGAAGACGACGACGUUGAAGCGAUCGCUGCGGAGGAAGAAAACGAUGAGGAGGAGGAAGAUGAGAUGGAAGAUGAAGAUGACGAGGUGGAGGAGGAAGAGGAUUAUGAGCAGGAAGAAGAUUACGAGCAGGAGGAGGACGACGAUGCCAUGUAUGCUCGAAGAGACCACUCUGGAAGUGUACAUGACAAUACCUAUGCUGAGCAAGGUGCGCAGGAAAAUGCACAAGGGUCAGUCAACCGAGGAGGUGAGGAAAAGCCUUCGAUGAAGAAGAAAGGACCCAAAAGAGGACAAAGUGAACCGCUCCUAGCACAGCUGCUACAGAAGGAGGAGGAAAAGGAAGACGAGCUUCCCCUUGGUGAUGGCAAAAAGGCUUCCGCAAAGGCCAAGGUGCUUAAGGAGAAGAGAAAAUCAAGCACAGCAGGAGGGGUGAGUGCAGACGACGAGUCAUAUUUUGGGUCAGACAAGGAAUCGAAUGAAGAUGAAGAGGACGAAGAUGAGGCUGAGGAGGAGGAAGAAGAGGAUAAUGAGGAAGAGGAGGAGGAACAAACAAUCAGCGACGCAUCACUACUCGGCACAAACAAAAAACCCAUCUUCAAAUUGCACCAUAACGAUAUUUUCUACAUGAAAAAGAACACACCAAAGGGAGAAACAAAUGAAGGAGAAACAACACCACAGAGCAAUGGUGGUGAUAUGCAGGCAUUCACAAUGACACAGGAACAGGAGAAGCUCAACAAUGGCAUUGGCCAAACAUUAGACGAAGAAAUUAACAGCAAGCUAAGAACAGAUUUUAUCUUCCUGCUCAACGAAGCGAAAAUAAUAAUUGAUAACAUCAUACGAAACAGUUUUAUUUACAAAACAUAUUUUUACUUUUCCAAGCUGAGGAAAACUCUCUUUUAUAUUUUAGGUGCUUUUGGUAAAGAUGCUUUGAAGAAGAAAAAGAAUUACGUCGAAAUAAAUUUAACAGAAGAAAUGUUUAAGGAGGUGGGAAAGCAAGUUGAGAGGAGAGUACCAGUGGAAUUUUUGUACGAGCUGAUUUUGUGUCUGUCCUAUUUGUUUAAGAAAAAUUUGCAUGUGAAGAAAAGGAACGGCGACAUCGUUGUGUAUGCUCUGAAGCGUCACUUGAAGUUUCCCCAGUUGGGAAGUGGCGAUACGACAAACGCAGCCCCAUUAAAGAGCACCCCUGCGAAGAGCGCUUCUGCAAAAAACACCCAUGCAAAGAGUUCCCACACGUAUGACCAAGCCGAACGAACGAGAGAAACGAAAAGCAUCGUCAUGACCCACUUCCACAACAUCCUGUACAACCUAAACUAUGCAUUGAAGCAAAAAGGAAUCAACACGUGCCAAAAACUCAAGAGCCAAAUUGUAGGUAGCACAAAAAGCGUUUAUUUAAAAAUCACAUGCAUUUUCACCAUCAUUAUGAAGAAGCUGAACGCGCAGGUGUAUCUCCGAGAAGAUUUCCACACCAUGAACUUUAUAAAAAAUAAAAAUAUGUUUCGCCUAAAUAGCGUUGAGCAAUUUUUCGUUUUAUAUAAAUUUUACGAAGAGAAAAAGGAAUUGACGGAAUGUAGGCUAGGCAGCACCAGCAGCAUUGGUAGCAACAGGAGGGGGAAGGUCGCCAAUACGAAGGUGAGGAACAGGGCCGCGGAAAAUGAUCUCAUGGAGAAAAUCAAAAAGAUAUUCUUUAAGGUUCACAAGGAGAAGGGGCAGAAGGCAAACCAAAUGGAGCUGCACGAUGACGGUGUGUACUACCCACAGAGGGGCCAACUACCCGCUGGGCAUAUGGACGGCCAUCACCACCAACUUAGCAGAAAUGAACAGAUCGGUCUGAAAAAUCAAGGCAUGGAUAGGAGUAGCGACGGGGACAGCGACAGCUGCAACAGGAAAAGGAGCUUUGGAAUUAUUGAGGACCAUGCGCAUAUGGACCUGGGCCCUGAACUCAGGAAGGAGCAUUUCCUCGAGGGGCGCCAGGGGAACCACUUUAUGGGUAACUUUGAACCCUUCGAAAACUUCGGUCCCUUUGACACCAUGGCGCACAUACAAUCUCUUGAAGGAAAACCCAACAUGCAGGGAGAGCAACAUCAUCUAGGCAGCUUUGCCAACAUGCCACACAUGGAGAGGCGCCGAAAUGAGAACAAUGAGCACUUGGCAAAUUUGGAGUACAUGUUGCGGAUGGAAGGAGAGCGUGGUGCCAGAUAUGACGGUAUGUCUCCCUUUGAAGAGGAAAACAAAAUAGCUAACGAACUUUUAAAAAAGGGAAAUUAUAACAGAUUGGUUAGUAGUAGUGGGCACCUCCCUUUGGAGCCACACACACAGCACGGACAGCCGACCCAACAUAGCCCUCUUAAUCAACACAAUGCCUACCUGCUUAGUGCAGGGGAUGCGAUGAAGGGAAAAUUCGAAGUGAUGAAAAGUUUAGACGAAGAAGCCGCUCGGGAAGCACAGCAGAUGAUGCUCAUGGGAAAGGAGAGUGGCAUGAGUGUAGGGCUUCACCCCUCGUUGAACAAACACACUGGUGGUAGCAACAGCAACGGUAAUAUUAGUAACAACAUGAAUGGAAGCGGCCAGUAUGAGCUUCCCCCGAACAGCCACCUACCAGGAUUCUUUAGCAACAUACCUCCGAGCGGUUUGGUAAACAAGGGUUACCCGCACCAGCGAGGAACCAUCCCAUUUGUGGAGGCAGCAGAUGGGGACAAGAGUCAGAGGGAGAACAAAACGGCGUUCUUUAGCUUUGGUGAAAGUAGGCACAUGUUUAACCAUGGAGGUAGUAGCAAUCAUCAAGGAUCUUAUGUUGGAAGUGGAGGAUACAGGAAGGGAGGUGUAGGAUGUGUAGAAGGAAUAGGAGGAGUUGGCCGGGAUAUGGUGAUGAGUGGGGAGGAAGGGAAGUAUGGGGUCAAGGGAAGCGGUACCGGGGUGUACGAAAUGGAGCACGUGGAUCGCAUUGACCUUGAUCGUGUAGAGGAGGACCCAGAGGAGGAUGAAGAAAAUGGCUACAACAACUUCAUUAAGGAAAUUGAAAGAAUAAAAAUGGAAACGAAUAAAUGUCAGGAGAAUUACGAAAAAGAAAUGAUUGAAAUAAAAAAGAAAAAAAAAGAAAUUAAAUACAUAAAAGAAACAAAAAGAGAUGAAGAAAUAAAUCAAAAAUUCGCAGACGCUAAUAUUGCAAAUUUUACUCUCCUUUUACUAAACGCAUUUCAGCUAUAUGGAUUAAGCAUGGUAAUAAAAUUGCUGGUUUACGAAAAUGAUAUGAUUCUCCCUCAGUUCAAAGAAAAUAUAAAACAAGACGACACCACAACCAAUAUUGAAUUCUUCAUUAACAUUUCCAUUGACAAAAUUUUUGAGUACCUCUUGUUGAAAAAUAUUUUGAGCAAUGUAAAUAUAAAAAGGUUAAAGGAAAAGUUCAUUCAAGGACAAAGUGCAUUUGAGGCCAUUCGAAAUGACGCUAAUAAUCUGAUCAAGGAAAAUAUAAAGGAACACAAUUUUGUAUACAUUUUAUAUAAAGAUAGAUCUCGUAUGUUUGAUGUGUACGAAAGGAAAAAAACGAUAUACAAUUUUUUGAUCAUCCUCAUCGAUAAAGUCCUGCAGAAAUAUCUGAUCAAUGAGUACGUUAUGAUUAGAAGAAAUGAAAUUUAUGAAAAAAUGCUCAGGAUGCUUAAUCGGAGCCGGGAGAUUAUGAACAAUAAGGAGAGACAGCAACCCGCUGUACGCUUUGGUGACAAUGUGGGAGGAAAUGGGGGAACGCCUGAUUAUGCCUUCGUUGGUGCGGACCAGUUCCGGCUCGAAAAGGGACCAAUCAGUAUGGGGCGCGGUGUUGGCGGGGUAAGCGGCGUGAGCGGCGUAGAUGGCGCUUUUAGUGGCUCCUUCAGCGGAUCGUUUAGCGGCGGAAUGGGCUUACACGACCCCGCAGCCCACAGGAGGGAAUUCCACAACGGAGCAAGUGGAAACGCCAGCUACAUGAACUUCAACCAGGAGAGGCGAGGAAACCUACACGAGCAGAAAAUACUUAAGGAGGUUGGCCACUUCCUCAGUGGCAUGGCCUACCCAGGUAUGCAUGAUGACAUGAAAGGACCACUGGUGCCGGGGGCCAACCCAUACGCCAGCAACACCAGCAAUGUGAGUAAUACCACCAAUUUGAACAAAUUUCACGACCUGUACGGAAAGGUCAAUUAUAGCGGCGAGGCGGAUAGUAGAAGCGGUAUGGAUGAUCAAAUGAACCUCGAAGGCAGAGUACCCGUGAACAAUCUGGGAGGUGUCCCAGGAGGCGGAAGCAACAACAACAACAACCCUCCCGUUGAGAAAGCAAAGGUACUGAAAAACAGCUCCUACAAUGACGCUAACGCGAUGCAGGUGAAGAGCAAGUAUGGCAACGGUCAUCUUUAUGGGGGCGGCAAUUACAAGAGUAACUCAUUCAGCACGAACAACCUGAACCUCAUGCAUCUCCCUACCAACCAGUUGGCGGCCCCGGGGAAGGGCACUGGGCACAGCGGCAGUCACGUAGGGGGUAAUCACAGCGGCGGUCAUGUAGGAAGUCACCCCCACAUCAACUGCAGCUGCUGCCACCCGGAACCGCUCAACCAUUUGGCCAAGGCACCAUCAAACGAAAAAAAUAUGAAAGACAUAAACCUCACAACUAGCUUGAACAGAGGAAACUACGACAGUGAUCAUUUUGACCACUUCUAUACCGGAGGUAGUAACAACAGCAGAGUGUUCAAUUCGUAUCAUGAAAUGGAAAAGAAAAUCACGCAAAAGAAAGGAGAAAAUGAACACCCUCUCCUUGGCCCUCCCCCCAACUACACCAGCAGUAUGAACAGUGUGAGCAGCCUAAGUAGUAGUGGUAUGGGGAAGUCACACGCGCAAAGCAGCCAAGGAGGGAAGCCAACGAACAUGUCCUUCUUGGAAGACUUCAAAGCGUCCAUACAGCAUUUUAUAAAUAACAAAAAUGAAAAGGAGUUCGAAAAGGAGCAGGACAAAAAAAAAAAAAGAAUCCUCGAACAGAAACACAUGAUGCGAAUGAAGGAUAGUAGCAAUAAUGAAGAAAAUGAAAAUAUUAAAAAAAUGAACGGCUUUUAUGAAAAUAUUUUGAGCAAUACGUUUGAACAUAAUGUUGGAAGUUCCUUGGGACGAGCGGAGGAACGGAACAUUGAACCCCCUAACCUUGUGCCUGAAGCGGAUCGCGAGGAGGACUUGGACAGUUACGACAGGAAGAAGCAGAAGGCUCGCGACAAGAAGAAGAAAAAAAAGGAGGGUAACGUCGUUGCUGGUGCAGGUGGAGGUAACCAGAGUGGAAAGGACCACACAGAUGAACGUGCUGAUGAUGCCAGUUCCUUCCAGUUAGACGGCAACAACGCACUUAACACAAAUGUGAAUGCUUACCCACAAGGCUUUGGAAACCCCAUCGCGGAGAUCUUGUGCAAAAAUAAUAUGAGUAGAGCAAAUGAAGAAAAGGAAGAGCAGGUCGCCGUAAACGAUUCCCCCGCUUAUGACGCAGCUGCGUAUGACGCCGCGAGCUACCACACAGAGGGCACAAAUAGAAGUGGAAAUCAUGUGCCUCCCCCCCCGAUGGAGGAAAAUGUAUACAUGAACGAAAACCUUGAAAUGAAAUAUCGAGCCCUAUUUGCAAACGUAACUGAAAAUUUUAUUCACCACAACAACAUGAUGAGUAAAAACAGUAACGCCAAGAUGCCCCAGGAGUACAAGGACAUGCUUAACAACACAAUACCGAGAGGGAAUCAAAUGGAAAAUAAACGACUAGCUCAGGACUUUCGAAUGAAUAGCAAUAAUUCCGUCGCGAAUUAUAUGAAUGAACUUGUCACUCCCUCGUCGUCCUCCUACAAUAACAACACUUUGAACCGCAUGGAAAAGGGCGCACAUGAUAUGGACCUACUGAAUAGCUCCCCCAACGCUUUGUUAUUCAAGAGGAUGGGGAACUUCGGAUCGAUGAGUGGUGACCACCUUCCAGUCAGGGGCGAACUCCCCAUGGGGCACUACCUGAGCGACAACAACCACGGGGCACAAAACAUACCACCUAACAUAAAGUACCAGAAUGCACUGAAAAAUAAUUUUCCUUGCGGAGGAGGCGAGCCAACGAAGAGCAUGAGCGAGUCUAACAUUGUGAAUAUGCUUUCCGAUAUGAAUAACAAGGACUUGUUUAAACCUAUGAACAUGAACAGCGGAGGCAGUGGCAGUCAUAUGGUGGGGGACGCCUUUUUCCCUGAAAGUAACAACCACGGGAUGAUGGUGGGCCUGCAGAAUGGGGUCAGGAGGAACGUGCCAACCAAGUACAGCCUGCUGGGGGCGGAGGCAAGCGGCAAGGCCGUCGAUCCGCGUAGCAGCAGCAAUGUUAGCGGUGGAAAUAUUAGCGGCGGAAGUGUGAGAGGCCUCACGCACUUGCCCCCCUCGAACAGCUACAGCAACCUCUAUGACGCCAAGGCGAACUCCGUGUUCUUGAGGAAGUAUGGCCCCCCUAACUCCUUUUUCAACCUCGAGGAAGGGAAGGAAGAACCCAGCAACAGCAGCGGAAACAUCCCCAGGAGCAAACCCAAUAUCAUGCCGCCAAACGACCUGAUGAGCAACACCAGUGGAACACACCUCCCCAUGAACAUGCACCCUGCAGAAGAGCAAAACAAGCACAUGGUAUAUUUAAACAACGUGUACGACAUAAUUAACCCAAGCUGCGCCAGAAGCCCCAAUUCCGAUUUGCCAAAUGGAAAGCCCACACACACAUACGCAGAAGUGAAGAGCAUGUUCAGAGAAGGAACAUCCAUGAACAGCGGUAAUGUGAGCAGUAAUGCAAGCGGUAACAACCUGGCCAUGCAAUUUAGCAACCCCCUGACCUCCACCUAUUUCAACAAGACAUAUGCCAAUGUGGAGCUCGCGAACAAAUUUAAAGACUUUGACGAGAGGCAACAGAAUUUGAUUUUCAAUUUGAUGAAGCAAAAGGUAGACCAAGAAGGAAUGAGCAGCAACACGGCCACAGCCCUUGGGGACCAUAAGGACGGUAAGGGCGCAAAUAAUAAUGCCCAGAUUGGUAGCAGAGGAGGGGAGAGCUCUUCUGUGGUGGAGGAAGAUAUUAGAGAUCGAAGGCACACCAGCGGAAAGGUGCACGUCUGUACGGGGAAAAAGCAAGCUAAUGUGAAGAAGCACACGGAUGAAGAAAAGCAAAGUGUUAGCAGUACCACUCAUAACCACUCCACAAACUACCCAAUUGCUCCUCAAAGUAAUGGAAGCGGCAACGAUAUGAACUUUGACCUGAGUAGCUUGGCAAUGUAUAUGAGUAGUGGGCAAAUGAAGUCAAGUGGGCGUAAGGAUGCGAUGCCGUCAGAGGAGCAGCACAGCAGUGCCAUUGGAAGUGGAAACGCCAUUGUGGGAGGACUACCAUUUCUCCGCUUGAGUAACCAUGCCCACAUGGAGGAAGGAUACACCAGCACCCAAGCUCUUCACAACAGCAACAACAACAACAACUGUGGUAAUAGUGCAGGUCCAUAUGGAGCAGAAUUGCCCACCGAAGGGGAGCUAGAAAUGGGCCCAGGCGACAGGCAGAGUGCUCCUCCCAACAGCAGCGGUUUGCACCCCCUACCCCUUGAUGAAAGUUCGAUCAAAAUUAAAGAUAAUAAAAUGGCACUGUGCGGAAACAGUAACAGUUGCACCGAAUCUAAUACCCCCAAAAAGGGUGUAGACGCAGCUUCACAGAAAAAUACAAAUGAGCAACAAGCGCCAAAGGGAAGUGCGCCGUCCAGCAACGCUAAGGGAAGUAGCGGAAAGGGGAAAGGGAAUAAGAGUAAAGGCGCGGCCAAGGGGAACAAGAACAGCGGGAGCGCUAAGAAUGACAAGACCUCCAAGUGA